AUGGCGGUGGUGCCGCCAUUCAUGAAGGUACCACUACAGCAGCAGAAGGAGAACUUUCACCAGCUCAACGACUUGGAAGCGGCUCGGAUACGGCUGGGGCUCCGCUUACCAGAAGAAUCGGAUUGGCUGGUAGCCGAUGGUAUUAACAAAGCAAACGCUAAACGCAACCGCUACACCAACGUCUUUCCAUAUGACAUUUCGCGAGUCAAAUUGCCAUUAAAUGAAGAUGCUACGGGUACAGACUACAUCAAUGCUUCCUACGUUAAGCUCUACAAAAGCACGUAUAUAGCUGCACAGGGCCCACUAGAAGCCACCGUCAAUCAGUUUUGGAGCAUGGCCUACAAUGAAUCAGAAAAACAGAACAACGAAGUAAUCCUAAUCGUCAUGGUGACCCCACUAACCGAAAGCGGCAUGGUGAAAUGCAACCGAUACUGGCCGGAUAAGGACCAGAAAGUGUUGGAAAUGGCAGCAGAAAACAAACAGGAUGGCAUAGACAUCUCAGGUUUGACUCUAGAGCAUGUCAGCGAGACGUAUGACGAGAUUGGCGAUUUUUUGUUGACGGAAAUGAACCUCAAGUCUAGCUCUAAGUCGAAAAAAGUGUACCACUUCUACUACUACAAGUGGGCAGACUCACGGGUACCCGCUUCCAUCUACCCGUUGCUAUACUUGUCAGAAGAGAUAAAUAGCAUCCGUAAGCUCGUAGAGAAUCCACCUAUACCUAUAGUACAUUGUUCUGCUGGAGUUGGAAGAACGGGAACAUUCAUAGCUAUAGACCAUCUCUUCAGGGAUUUUGACAAGUUCAUCGCGGUUUGCGACAAAGCCAAGUCGUCGAAGGGCUACGAUAUAGACUUCGACCCCGUGUUCCAGACGGUGUUGCAGCUCAGGGACAGCCGGAUGAUGAUGGUCCAGACUGCGUACCAGUUCAGUUUCCUCUAUGAAUCCGCCAAAAAGCUCUACAAGGAGCGAUUCAAGUGA